AGUUUUGUUGAGGUGCCUUGGUAUGAAAGUUUCAUGGCUAGUGGAAUUCUGAUUGGUUACAGCAGCAAAACGUCACCAGCAUACCAUUGGUCUGUGGGUGAUGACCGAAGUUGUUUUGGCUUCAAUAUGGAAGAACGGGAAGCAUUAAAGAGGCAGAUCGAACUAUUACAAAAUCUCAUCAGUAACCACAGCAAUGGCCAGACCAGCGCCCAACAAAAUGUUGCUCCUAGGAGUCUUGAGAGUGGCCACAGAGCUGGACACCUCUCUAACUUGACUGCUGGCUCUCAACCAUAUACCACACGGCCAGCAGGGUCGUGGAGGAAGACCUACUCUCUUAACAACAGAAGCACAGCUGACAGGACAAGAGGCCCUGCAGCACAGCUACAGACUCAUACAACCUCACACACACUCACUGCCCCACAGACAAGCACAGCCUCUCAGCCACUCGCAUCACUACAGAAGGGGGACUCCGUGAGCGUCCCCAGUGUCAGAAAUACCCUUCCUGCGUCGAAGACUGCUACCUCAACUGCACAUGUUCAGAUCAAAUCUCAGCUCCACCCUUCAACUAAUCCUCCCGUGGCGCCGGAUGGUCCUCAGGCUCGACCAUCGUCUUCGUCUGCGAGUAGUCUCCACGCCAACCCUGCUUCUCCAAGUCAACCCAAAACUGUCCCACCCAGCCAACCAAAAGGAGACUCCGCUAAACAGCGGGCAGCUACAGCUCCCUUGAAAAAGUCUCAGUACCACUGGGUGAAGAGUCAACAGACAGGAUUGAAAGCACCUGCCUCCUCCACAACGCCAACUCGUCCGCAGUCCACUUCGUUUACUCAGACCUCCCUCAAGACCGCUCACUCUUCUUCUAGGACGUCGCCUCUGUCCCAGCAGGUCUCCUCAAAGAGAGCGGCCAGCCCCAGCACACAGACACCCCAGCGGUCAGUCACCUCCACAGGGCGACCCAGGACUUCCAAAUACACUUGGGUGUCACACUCCACCCAAACCACCUCCGCAGCUAAACUCGCCCGGAAGCCCCUCUCUCCCCGAGUGCUUCAAGCCCUGCAGAGCCUGCCUGCCGCCGAUGGGGCCAGACUCCGGAAAGGCAGAACCAAAGGCGGGGCGGGUGCAGCCGCUGCCUCACAGACCCGACUCAGCCGUUACAGCUGGAGGGCCGAGGGCACCAGCCCCGUGGCAAAGGGCUCUGUUUACCGCUGGACACCCCAGAAGGAGAAGGGGCUUAAAGCUGGGGCACUCUCCCCGAGCAGCGUAGCCUCCCCCUGGGGCUUUAAACUCAGGAGCAGGAUGAAGAUCAUCAGGAGGACCCCCAACAGGCAAGUGCAGGCACCUGUGCGGACCCCACCUAGCAGCAGACGAGGAAACCGGGCCCUGGUGUCCAUUGGCAGGCACAAGUUGCGCCUGGUCAGCCCCAGUCGCUCCGUUCCAGCCUCCUACCUCUCAGGCCCCGCUGUUCAUCUCGCCCCGAGUCGGGUCCGAACGCGGUACCGGAUCGACGCCAGGCGCUGGCACGCGGUCCCACACCAGCCCCAGCCCAGCACGGCCCGCUCGUGGAGGACCAGGAGAGUCCAGUCAGCCAGAAUGCUCCUGCAGAGUCGGCAUCGGAGUGCCCAAGAGCGGCACUGGAGGGGGCGACGCAUGCGCUGGAUUGGAGGAGAGCUCUACCAGGUGUCGGCCAAUAAGCUGUCCCGCACGCAAGCCCCUGGCACAGCUACAAACAGGACAGGGAAACGGCUUUGGCUGCCCACCGCCACCUCCCCCACCGCGUUCAACCUCAACAGGACCUCCAGUUCUCGCCACGUCGCCAGCCGUGUGGUCCAGAGGAGCCUGGCCAUCAUCCGUCAGGCCCAGCAGAAGAAGCAGCAGGCGCGUCAGUACUGCAUGUACUACAACCGCUUCGGCAAGUGCAACCGCGGCACCGCCUGCCCCUUCAUCCACGACCCGGAGAAGGUGGCCGUCUGCACCAGGUUCCUGCGGGGAACGUGUAAGCAGACGGACGGCACCUGCCCCUUCUCACACCGAGUGUCCAGAGAAAAGUGUAAGAAGAAGCACACUCUGGUGUGUGCGGACUUCUCGGCGACAGGUGUGUGCCCGCGCGGAUCCAAGUGUAAGCUGAAGCACCGACUCCGGAAGACGGCGGCCGCCAGCCAGGCCCAAAACAAGACCUCGUCGACGCUAGCGCCGCCGCCACCGCCCGCUAAAAAGGCACUCGCUAAAGCCUCCUCAAAGAAGCCAGACCACAGUCAGGGCACGGUUACAGACUCGACGUUCUCGGCAUCGUCGGCUGAGCCGGAGAAUGAGGAAGGGUCCCUCUCGUGCACGUCGACCCCUCGGUCACUGCCGUCUUUCAUCGCCCUCCCCAGCUCCCCGGAGGACGGCAUCCCCCCAGACACGCCCCCUCACGCCCUGGUCCCACCCAUCGCAAAAGGGGAAAAGCUUCAUAUCAAGCCCAGAUUUUAGAGACUGUGACCUCUCAGAGGUCGCCCCGCCGUGCCUAGAGCAAUCAAAAACCAGCUUUCCCACGAUUUUAACUGUGCAAAGUGUUUGUAUUGGAAUUAAAAGCAGAAUGCUGACUGA